CAUUGAACCAGCAAUAAAAUGAAGCACAUGGGUGCGCGUCACAACGACCUUGUUUCGUCAUUGGUUUUCUUCAACUCGCACAGGAUUCUGGGUCACUGUGAAUCUAAUGGCGGCGGUAGCUGAGACGUCGGGGCUCAAGUCACUGGAGUCCGACAGUUCCGCUCCAAAAUCGGCUGUGGAUGACGACGACGAUGAAUUGGAGGCGCUGCGCACGGCGGCAUUGUUGUCUAUGAAAGCCAGAGGAAAGCGAAAAUCGAGCACUGUUAAUUCUGAGGCGCGCGAGCGACCUGGUUCAUAUUCCAACUAUAGUCGCUUCCACCAUUCCAACCAGAGAGCCACCACCCCUGGAAAGCCGCUGUUCAGCUGGAACCAGCACACACGACCCAACCUUAUCGUAAUACAGCCUGUGCCACUGGAAGGAAGUGAAGCUGCAUCACCAUGCAAUGUGACUUCCAUCCAGACCAUACAGCCCUCAACAAAGUUGGUGUUGCCCCAGGACCGGUGGUGCCCAAAGCGGGACCAAGAGAGUCCAACUUCAAGUGCCAUUGGCCAGUCCAAACGCAGGGCAUCAGGCAAGUUCAGUCACUUCGAGUCCAGCUCUGAAAGUGAGGAAAGUGACGAUGAUGACCUGCUGCGCUCUGGUUCCGCGUCAUCCCAUAGUGGUGCAAGUACUGACGGGCGCAGUUCAGACGAUGAGCAAAACUCUACACGUGAAUCACCACCGUGUAGAUUUGCCCAAGAUUGUCUAGACAGCUGUCUAAGUGAGUCUACAUCUGAUUUGCCAGCAUUCUCCUCCCCCCGGCAUGACGUGACUUCAGAAGCGAGUGCUACUGACUGUGUGCAUAAGUCCAGUGAUGAACGCAGCCCUGGGCAUGCUAUACAACAUGGUUGCAAUGUUGACUUUGAUAAUACAGCUGCCUGUGCUCAGCUCCAGGCAGGUGGUGACAGUUCGGGUACAUGUGCCGUAAAAGAUCGUUUGGGGCUGAUAAGCAGAACGGAAGCAAGUGUCUAUGGUGGACAUGAAAAGAUUAGUGUAGUGCCAAAUGAAAAUUCUCCAGAGGUGUCCAUUGAUUGUUCAGGCUUGCAGUCACAAAGUGGCAAUGCCAGUCCUGUGAGGCACACAAGGAAAAGUCCAGCCAUGGAAGAGUGCCAACAGAAAUAUGAGGGAAGGCUCACAAAUGGUCUCUCUACUGAUAGUCGAAGAGCUGUUCACCUUUCUCCAGACCUUGCAAGAGAAGAUCGACUAGCACGAGAAAGGCACAGCUCCCGGGAGGGCACACCAGGCAGCACAAGAAGUGUCGACAGCCAAGACCGCUCUACAAGUAGCGUUUUUGAAGCUAGACGCCGAAAGUUUGAGUCUACUGUGCCAGUGAAGCCUGUGGGAGGCAAGAUACUGCUGCUCAGACAGGGCAGGACUGAGGACCAAAGCCCACACCGUGAAAGCUCCCCUCUAUCAUCCCCAUGUGCUCGGACGAGAUCGCGCAGCAGAAGUGCAAGUCCACCCCUCUUACGUUCCGUGCUGAGUGUCGUGAAGCGAGGUGCAUCUGAACUCUUACCAGGAGGUGUUGAGUCCAAGAAGCAUAGAUCUGGAAGGACAGUGGAAGUCUUAGUGCACAGUGUUGGCGAAGAGUCCACAGAUGCAAGUGAGCGUAUUGGCAACAGCAGCAGCAAGCUGCCCGUCCACCUAAGGCUUGGCGAUGCCAGCACAGCUUCCUCAACAAGAAAGAAAAAAAGCAAACGGAAACGGUCUUCACAUGACUCGGCAGCAUACAGUGUCAAGCGGAAGCAUGCCAAGGCAAGAGGCCUCGACUCAGACGUGCGACGUGCCUGGCUGGGCCCUGACCAGCGCUGUCGUCGUAAGCGCGUGCCAUCAGCCCUCAGUGAUGGUGCUCCCUGACACCCCUAGGAAGAGGUGUCCACGCAGCAGGUUGUGUGUCGCCGAUUAAAGUACUUAAGAGGUCUGGCUCAUCCCCACAAUGACUCGUCUUGCACUGUUGUGUGAUGAAAAAAACUAUUCCUGAGCUGAAACUGACUCUGACGAACACACACUGUGGCUGCCUGCUUGGACUCUGUUUUUGAUCUUGUUAUGCUGUACAAAGCUGUUAGUGUUUGGUGUGACAUGGCAAUGUAAUUUCAUCUUGUGUAACUUUUGGAAGCAUUGAUUCAUUGUAUGCGCAGUAUGGGAGAAAUAUCUAGCAAAGAGCAUUUCAAAGCACUUUUUUUUUUCUUCUCUUGCAUGAGUCUUUGUAUAGUGCACAAUGUGCAAAAGGUGUUAGUCUUUGCUGAUUUUCUGUAUAAGAAAACUUACCUGGCUGUCUUAUUUUCAUACUGGGCAAACUGCUUCAUGCUGCUGUUUCUUACUAAAUCAGUUCCGUUGCUUGAAAUUAAUUGUGACAACCAUCUGGGUGUCAGGUGGCAGUGCUACUUAACCAUAUCAAGUUAUAGCUCAGUGAAAUUCUUCGUGGCAUGGCUGUAUGUUGGGCUAUUUUGUGUUGAUCACUGCCUAACUAGUUCAGCUUUUGAUUUUCUGUGUUGAGCCAAAAUGUGUACAUAGUAGUUUUCAGACGUACCAGAAAGACUGUCACAAGAGUAAUUUAGACACUGAUUUGCAGUGUAGUCUAUAUUUACUUCUGUGUAUGAUUUUAGGUGACUUGUUCACUUGUUUCUCACACUCAAGGAAGGAUUUCUUAUCUUGUGCUCAUGUAAUAGUCUAAACUGUUUUUUUAUGCUGUUACAGAUUUGCAUAAUGCAUGAACCACACUGUUAAGCAUUUGCAUGGAUAGGUUGCGCUGUGUUUUUACAUGUUGCUCCAGUUGCCAAGCUUUCACUUUUUUGUUUGCCCUAUUGCUCUAUUUUAUUCUCAUCUUUUCUUUAUUUUCUGUUAUAGGCCCCUUUACAAGCUGCUGUUUUAGUUUUUUGACAUUUUUACUUUGCUUGUACACAAUUAUGCAUUCUUUAGCCUUGUCUAAUGUACUUAGUGGACUCGUGCUGUGAUUAACUUUCAGAAUGGUUGGUUGGCUUUGUUAUCCAGACAGUUGCAGCAAAAUUGUUAUUUCUCUGGUUAUGGUCUCUGUAAGCACCAUUUAAGAAACUGCACUGUGAAGCUGCUGUAUUUUGCUUUUUGCACCAAACUUCGUUUGUCUUGGGUAGGAUUUUUGUAACUAUUGUUUAAGUAGCAUUGACUGGUGCAUGCUUUUCUUUUGGAUAAAUGUGCCUGCCAUGUUUUCCUUGCAUUUAUAUACUGCACAGGUGCCACUCUCCUUGGAAGUUGUCAGUGAUGUUUGUUUUCUCUCUCUCUCCUUCCCCCCCCCCCCUAAUGGCAUUGUGUUAGUGCUUGGUGCCUUUGUAUUUUAUUGCAGGCAGAGAGAACUCGGUACUAAUAGGCAAGGGGCUUUUUAACAUAGCCUUUUUUUUUUUUGAAUGGUGGUCAUUUACAUUUAUAGUCCGUAUAUUUACCAGGUUUCAUUGCAUGCGUAAGACUAGUGUUUUGGUAUUAUCUUGUUUGUCCUGGAUAUGUGCUGUUUUGUUAUUCUUUUGCUUUUGUUUCAUAUGUACAAGUGGAAAGCACUAAAGCAAAUGUGAAGCAGGGCUGUUAGAAUCAAAUGCUUUAUAAAUCUACCAAAAUUUUUCCAAAACUUUCAGAUUAUUCAUCCAAUGCUUUGCAGUCUAAUUGGCAUUAACUUUAUGCAUUCAUCCUUAAAGACAACCAGCAGCCCUCUUUAAAAGCAUACUGCCUAUUUCUUCAGCAACAUUGUUUCCACAUUACUUUGGCAAACUUAGCAUAUACAUAUACCCAGUGUCUUUAGUAAAGGUGUGGUGUUUGUGACGGAAAAUGCAUGCUUUUGCAUGUUUUGUUUGUAAUAUUUUUGGCGGUGUAAUGUAGCUUUUUUUUUCCAAGUUGUUACUGCUCAAAUUAUAAUGGGGCAGUAUACUUUUAUCUUGUACAGUUUGUUUGAAACAUCCCUCUUGCAUCUAUUUCUCCUGUUGUGCUGCUGAACGGGCGUGACAGUUCUCUAGUCAGCAAGUUCUAAACUCACCUUUUCUGCAUUGUUUUUCCAUGUCUCUGAGUGCGUGCGUAUGCCUGUGUGUGUUUGCGUGCUUCUGUGUGUGUGUGUGUAAAGCACACUUACUCAUGGCUAUUCAGCUGGUGCUGAACUCUUGUCAUGUGCUGCACACUUUUGGACAGUUCAUGAUUUACAUUGCAGUUUGCUGCAGUGUUUCUUGCUACCAUUUUGGUCAUACUCGUAUGCACCUUUGGACAAUUCCAUGUUUUCCUUUGUGUUGCAGCCGGCUGCGAUGGUGUUUAUUGCCACCUUUAUUUGGUCAUGCUUGUAUUUGUAUAUUGUCAGCGUUCUCACUAGGCCAGGUACACGUUGCCACGAGGCCCGGGAACAGCACAAGAUGCCACUGUUACCUGGCAACUGCAAGCCAUCGGGAAGCUGGAUGAUUGAGCUGCAUGUCUGCUGCACUGUUCUCAUUAUGAGAAACCUCAUGUGCUUCAUAAUGAGCUACCUUCAACUGAAAGCCCUAAUGUAAAGUCAAGAAAUAAAAAAAAAGCCUUCCCACCAGACUACCUCCUCCAAGCCCACCUGCCUUUCCCUCUCCCCCUCUGAAAAGAAUAGUGGAGAGUAUCAUAAAUUCACACAAAAUAACUUCUCCUGUGUUAAACAGAGCUUUCAGGUCAUCCUCUGUGAAUAAUUUCCUGUAAAUAGCCAUGUACAGAAAAUGGGGAGAAAAAAAGUGAAUAAACACUAUUUUUUAUUGCUUUGACAA